AUGUCUUCGUCUUCAUCUCCCGCUCAAACAAAGAGGUGUCAGUAUUGUGGAGCUGCAAUGGUGCUUCGGGUUUCAAAAUCAGAUAAAAAUCGAGGGAAGCCAUUUUGGAAGUGUCUAACCUCCUAUGGAGCCACCAGUUGCAAUGGAUUCGAAUGGGUUGAUGUAACCUCCGCUGAAGCAGAACAGCAAGAUGACACGUAUGAUGCUACAGUGCUGAAUAUGCUGAAGUCCAUUAAGGACUUGUCACUGAUUGUUGUUUUUCCAACAAACGCAUCUAGGAUUUGCUGCAUUUUGGUGGGAAUUACGGGCUCUAAGAUUUAUGAAGAUUAUUAUUCUUUGAUCAUAUGGAUUACUUAUGGAAGGGAUAUUGAAGACGACCUUCGUUUUCUUGCUUGGGAGAGCUUAAAGGGUUCUGUUAGGUUCAAAGCAGCUAUUGUGGUUCUGAAAUCAGCUGCUGAAAGGUAUGGAAGCAGUAAUGCAUGUGUGCGGGACAUUCAUUGGGGGCUGGAUUUGCUCUCCAAGUGGAUGUAUGUGGAAACUCAUUUGUUCGAUCCGCCUUCUGUUUUGCUAGCAUUGAUCAUUGGAGAGAAAGCAGGAUUUGCUUGGAAGAGAUUGAAGUCAAUGCUCCCUUUGAGAAGUGGAGCUCAGAUCGGCAGUGCAGAGGGAGAUAGGACUUCUGGUUUUGGAUUGAAGAAUUGGAUGCCAAAUUUUUCGGGUUUGAAGUAUCCUUGGGAAAAUGUGUAUGUAAAUAACACUGACUAUAUCUGCUGUUCUUAUACUGAGCAUGAUGGAGCAGAAGUAAACAAUGCAGACAAGGAGAAUGUGCGUCCAACAAAUGGUCAAGCAGCAGCAAAGCUGUUUGUGAUGUCUAAGGGAAACCAGAAGUUUUCAGCCUAA